AUGAAACCGGAUUUUGGGUUUGCCGGACCGGAUCAGCCUGAUUUUUCCGGAUUAAUGCGGUCCAGUUUUAAUCCGGUGAAAAUAAUUUCCGGAGUCCGUCAGAAUAUACACGGAUUUCGGACUGGAUCCGGGGUUUUUUCGGAUUUUUCAAAAAAAAUUUCUUUUUAAAUUUUUGUGUUUAAAUGUUAUAUGUGUUAAGCUGUUGUUAGCGGGGAUAUCUAAGGGUUUUGAAGGAUUAUGAAGGAUAUCUGUGGAUUUGUGGGUAGUAAAAGGGAUUACGAGGUAUUUUGGUAGAUAAAAUGGAUAACAGGUGAUUUGGGGAAUUGGAAGGGAUAUUGCGGGAUUGGAAGGAUUUUUGGAUUAAAAGGGAUAUAGGGGGAUUUGGGAUAGAUAUCGAGGGAUUAAGUGGGUCCCUGAUAUCUCGAAUCAACUAUUAGCCCUAUAUCCUUUCAUAGACCAUUUAUCUCCCCUUAUGCCCGUUAAGCCUUACAAUUCCCUUAUAUCAACCUUAAUCCCUGCACAUC